AUGAUCUCGAAGGUUGACAGGUCUUUCCAGCGGUCCACACCAUUUCGCACACAGACGUGUAGAGGAAGUUUGCCAUAUCGGCAAUCGUAUUUUCAAGCCUAUCAGCGGCCACCCUCUCGCAUUAUUUGUUACAAAUGUGGUGAACCAGGGCAUAAGUCACCCCAGUGUUGGAAGCGCCCUCCUUCUUGUCAGCCUUCUUCUGCUGCUCAGCCUCGAUUUAACCAUCCUUCAACAUAAUUUAGUUGUAUCAUCUUAUGCAAUUAAGAUUUUCCUUUAGGCGAAUAGUGCAUUGUUUUUACUUUCCUUAUGUUUCCUUUAUUUUUUUUUGUUAUUCGGGUUACCGUCUUUAAUCCUUCACCCUUUUAUCCCUUAAUACUGACUUUUGUUUUUAUAUAUUUUAUUUUGCCCACUCGCUAUAGUGUUCUCCUUUCGCUGUAUUGUUGUCCUCUCGCUAUAUUGUUCUCGCUUCUCUUUCUUCUUCCCUCGGGUGGCAUUCUCAAGGGGAACGAAUGUUCCCUCUUGGAUUACCGGGGCUGAGUUUGCCAUUCCCUGGGCCUUACCUAUUCUUUCUUCUGUUCUAGUUUUUCAAGAUGCCUUUUCAUGACUGGGAAAAGACUCCCAACUUUGAUCCUGCCAAGAUUUCUGUUAACUCGCCACGUUGGGUCAAUUAUAAGGGAUCUCUUCUUACUGAGGCCCAGGAAAUGGCAGACAACGCCCAUAUUAGUCAAGAUUUCAUCUCAGUUAUCGCGGGGGAAGCGUUUGCCGACGCCUCCCUUUUGGCCUUCCGUGACUCAAGUUCCUUUAGAGCGGGUGAACUCCAUCGCCAUAUGAUCAAUGGGACAAGUUAUUUCAAUCGUCUGAUAACAAUUUCUCUGAAGUACUGGACUGAAUUCCUAACUUUAUCCACGUUGACAAGUUUUUUACCCAUUAUAAAGGAAGCUAUAAGGGAGUCAAUUAUAACUGCGAAAGACCGCCUGCUCGCAUUUUUGCUAAUCAUCCUUCUUGUAAGGCGUUUGCCCAGUGUAUUUCUGAUACUCUUAUCGAGAGAUUAG